UUCAGUUAUUUCAACCCUUUUACUUUUUGUCCGCCUUUUAUUAAAUUAAAGUAUUAUUUUAAUUUUUACUAAUGUCAUCGUCGACAGAAUUAACUUUAGUCAGCAGCUUGGUGAUUGAUUCGCAAGGAUUAGGAGAUGUUUCGCCUUUACCACAAACUCAAAACUCAACCGAUUCAUUACCUUCCAUCUUUCUUCCUCGGAGAAUUUACGUUCGAAAUACUAACGAAAAUAGAAGAGCGGUAAUCGCUCGUUAUGAGAGUGGAAGAACAACAACAGCGACAGGAUUCUAUUUAUGUAUGAUGUCUGUAUUGUUAUUGUGCACUGGAGCUGGUUUAAUAUCAACAACAACGUUUCUUUUAAUUUACCGUAACCCAUAUACACAAAUAACCGAAGGAAUUUUCCAUUCAGAAGCUAUUAAUUUUACAUUAUGCGCGGGAAUUGUAAGCAUUUUGUGUUGGUGGAUCUGCUGGAUAGCUCACGAUAAUAUAAAAAAUUACAUAUUUUUCCCGUUAUUAAUCGUCGUGCUAACAAUAUCUUUAUCGAUGUUGUUAACAUCCAUUGGAAUCGGUGUUUCGCUAAAAUCACGAUUAUUAAUUUUCGACAAAAGUUCUAGUAAACCCGUAAAACUGGCUUCGAGCCACCACAUGACGUUAUUAAACGAGACUUUGACCACAAGUUUAAAGUUGUAUUGGGAAAACGAAGUGUACAGAACGUCUUGGGAUCGUGUUCAACAACGAUUAAAGUGUUGUGGAAUUAAUCAAGCCAAAGAUUGGGGUCCAAAAGAAAAAAUACCUGAAUCUUGUUAUGAAGAAAAUGGGGAAAAUGUUGCAACAAUGACCAUCUCCUAUGGGAAAGAGAUAACGACUUCGCGAGGUUUUGGUUUGUUCUGGCGUCUAUUAUCAAGAUGGAGAGGGAGUAUCUACAAACUUAUCUGGGCGGAUUUAAUCAUCUACAUUAUUAUUUAUUUUAUUCUUAAUAGCGUUUAUCGUUACGCUUUAAAUGAAGAUGGCCAAAGAAAAUUAAUCAUCUAUUUUGUCACAUCAAGUAUUAUAGAAAAACUUUUAAUUCAAAUCAAUGUUCAACACUAUGUAUUGUUAGACCCAAUCGCCGAUUUCGGACAAGUGCCGAAAUUAUCGAGCAUUUCGCG